AUGAAGGAAAUCGAUGCUGAUUUCGGACCUCUUCGUAAGUCUAAAGCAAAAGUCGAUUCCAAACGUAUCCUCAAAGAUAGUGCAAUCGAUCAUGAACAGAAUAGUGUUUUGCAAAAGAUAACGUUGCUGCCAAUCAGAAGAGAUAGUACCAACUCCGUUACUAAACCAAAAAAACUGAAGGAUACUGAUAUACUCAAUGACAAAGAGACUGAGAUUCUACAAAAAAUUCGCCUAGUAACUAAGAGUCCAAGUACGGAGAAGGUCGAAACAUUGGAUCCCGAAUUCAGAAGGUUUAGGCAAUACCUCCUGCGAAGCAUAUGCCAAGAAUUGCCUCCCGAGGAAAACAAGUUGCUAAGUCAUUUACGUGAACCAGAGCAAGAGAUCGACAGGAUUUUACGACAAGCGAUUGUUCAGAAGGAGAGCCACUCCAGCAUAAUAAUAGGACCGCGAGAGAGCUACAAAAGUUUUCUCUUGAACCGUGAACUUAACCUUCUGUCCCAGAAAUAUAAAGAUCAAUUCAUUACCAUAAGAUUAAAUGGGUUCAUUCAUUCAGAACAAGCGGCCAUCAACGGCAUCGCAACACAACUGGAACAACAAUUGCAAAAUCUGCGAAACACCCCUAUCCCUACCCGAAAAGGUUCAGAUAUCAGUAGUGGUUCCUUGACUGAGGUUUUUGAAAAGAUUUUGAGAGUGCUCGACUCUACAUCUACCACACACCAUCAAAAAAGGAAUAAAAAUAACGCCACUACCAAGCUUACCGUCAUAUUCAUAUUUGACGAAAUUGAUACAUUUGCAGGGCCAGUAAGACAAUCCCUACUUUAUAAUUUGUUCGAUAUGGUUGAACACGCAAGAGUUCCAGUUUGCAUCCUAGGCUGUACAACAAAAUUGAAUAUUCUCGAGUUCUUGGAAAAGAGAGUGAAGAGUAGAUUUUCCCAAAGAAUCAUCUUUAUGCCCCAAAUUGAGAAUCUCGAACAGUUUGUCAAAAUUACUGGAGAAUUAUUAAGACUAGACCGUCCCUCAGCUUAUAAAUAUGGUGAAGAUUGGAAUCGAAAGAUUGAUGAAACGCUGUCGGAUGAAAAGUCAGAGCUACAUCGCCUGGUCAAAGUGAAUUAUGAAACUUUUCGAUCGAUACCGUAUUUCAAGAAUAGCAUCAUACCACUAAUUUAUGGCGCGCCAGAUUUCGAAAACCUGUGUCAUUUAAUAGAUACCAGCGGUCCGAUCAAGGAAUACAUGAACAAUCAACUAGGGAAUAGCCUAACAUCAUUAGUUCAGUCGCUGUCGGACUUAGAGCUUGCUAUACUCAUAUGUGCAGCUCGUACUGCGCUGAAAGCCAAGGAUGAAACGAUAAAUUUCAAUCUGACCUACGCAGAAUACGAAAGCAUGACAAAAGCUCUCAACGCUAAGAUCCCGACGGUUGCAAAAACCGGCAAAUCAGUAGAAGGAUCAUCAGUGCUCUUUGACAAUGCAAUAAAGUUGUGGAAAAAAAAGGAUGUGAAAAACGUAUGGGAAACUUUGAUCAAUCUGAACUUUUUGACGGAGAAGUCUGCUGUCGGUUUACGUGAGUCAGCUAUUGCGGUCUUCUAUGCAAGUAAUUAUCAGCUUCAAGGAACUACGAUCCCGUUUGACUUGAGAUUGUAUCAAACGCAUGUCACACUAUCAGAUCUCAGGCGCAUUGUUCCUAGAUCGUCACUUCACUACCCAUGGACUCAACUAUAG